UAUUGCUAUGCCUAAGUUUGGAACUUUGAACUUGUAUAUUACCAUAAAAUUAUUUUUAAAGUAAACGAUGGACCAUUCGUGCUUUAUUGUGAUCAUUACUCGGGAACAAGAGUUUUCACUGACGAUUAUUAUUUAAAUUCUUCUUUAGGAAAAAGUGUCGGUUGUAAAUACUAUUUGUCCUAUGCGUUCGAAGUGUUCUGAGUCUCAUCUUCCCACAUCUAGUUUGGGUGAGCUCCAAGUUUCGUUAUUUUGGUGCCAAAGUACGACCAGAGCAGUCAUUGUUACCUAACCAUAAUAAUACUUGCUUUUUUAUUAAUUUUCCCAAGAUCAUUACGGUCAAAACCCUUAUUGAUAAAUAUAAGUGAAUUCGUGAAUUGUUUUAUAGAUCACCAGCGGUGUUUUGAUGGCCGUUGAUAAUUUUAUAAUGCAUGCGUGUGUACUUUAAUAAGUAGAUGUAAUUCCACCGCAAUUCAUUGGACGUAAUUUAGAUAAAGAUUAUACUGUGGUAAAUGUCAAGAUAAAGGAUUUUAUUGUGGAGCUUCAUAGAAAAGACGUGUUGGAGAAAUAGUUGACUUAUUUCCAUAUUAACUGUGAGACCGAGUGCGUCGGUGAAAACUACUACAGCUGUCACGAUCAGAAAAAUGGCUACGGACUUGGUUGACUAUAAGAUUCGCGAAGAAUGCGAAGUUCUACACUUGACAGAUAAACAGACCAAGGAGAUUAUGAGCAGACUCCACAAUGAUCUGGUCAAGGGACUUGGAAAAGAAACGCAUGCCAAUUCCAUUGUUAAGUGCUGGAUCACUUACAUUCAAGAUUUACCCAAUGGAAAAGAACGCGGUAAAUUCCUCGCUCUGGAUUUAGGAGGAACUAAUUUCAGAGUAUUAAUUAUAAACUUAGGAGCAAAUCACUUUGAUAUGCAGUCCAAAAUUUAUGCUAUUCCAAAUCAUAUUAUGACUGGUACAGGUGUCGCCUUAUUUGAUCACAUAGCUGAAUGUUUAGCUAACUUUAUGAAGGAGCAUGACGUUUACGAAGAAAGACUAGCCCUCGGAUUUACGUUUAGCUUCCCUCUUAAACAAUUGGGACUCACAAAAGGAAUUCUGCAGCGAUGGACAAAAGGCUUUUCUUGUUCUGGCGUAGUAGGAGAGGAUGUCGUUCAAGGUCUCAAGGAUGCGAUUGCUAGACGAGGGGAUGUUCAAAUUGACAUUUGCGCUAUUCUGAAUGAUACAACGGGUACAUUGAUGUCAUGCGCGUGGAAAAACCACAACUGCAAAAUAGGACUCAUCGUUGGUACUGGAAGCAAUGCUUGUUACGUAGAGAAGACAGAGAACUGUGAAAUGUUUGAUGGUGAGCCUGGAAAACCCGAACUUCUUAUAAAUACCGAGUGGGGUGCAUUCGGAGACGAUGGAGCACUGGACUUCGUCCGCACAGAGUUCGACCGCGAAGUCGAUAACAAUUCCAUCAAUAAAGGAAAACAAAUACAAGAGAAGAUGAUCUCUGGCAUGUACAUGGGAGAGUUGGUUCGCUUAGCGCUAGUAAAGUUCACAAAGAUGGGACUACUGUUUGGAGGACGCGGCUCAGACCUGUUAUUCCAGCGUGGAAGCUUCUACACCAAAUACGUAUCAGAAAUCGAGUCCGAUAAACCAGGAGACUUCACCAGUUGCAUGGAAGUCCUGGAAGAACUUGGUCUAUCUCACGCGACGGAGGCUGACAUGGCGGCAGUGCGCCACGUGUGCGAGUGCGUGUCGCGGCGCGCGGCGCACCUGGUGUCGGCCGGCAUCGCCUGCCUGCUCAACAAGAUGAACGAGCCCCGCGUCACCGUCGGCAUCGACGGCUCCGUCUACCGUUUCCACCCUCAUUUCCACACACUCAUGUGCGAAAAGAUCGCGCAACUUGUACGGCCUGGCAUCCAGUUUGACCUGAUGCUGUCAGAAGACGGUAGUGGUCGUGGUGCCGCCCUAGUAGCUGCAGUGGCCUGCCGCCAGAGUGGCUCCGUCGCGUAGACAACAUCUGCCUGCACCGCACACGGCGAACUCUCCGACGACACGCGUUCCCCGCGACAACGUAACUCUGAGCCUUCGCAUGUAAGCCGCCUAAGCAAACAGACACUGCAGUGAUUAUCUCCUAAAUACUAACAAUAUAUUUUUAAAACAAUAUUUACACCUACGUGUACCUUCUAUCUCUAAAAAGAUUUUAACUGUUUUACAGUGUUAUGUCAUACCCACGAUAUAAUUAUAUAACCGUUUAAAAUAUGGAUCCAACUUGCGGUUAAUUCAGUAAAUUUAAAUAAAAUAUAUUAGGCCGUAGUUUUUAAAAACUCCAACGGCUUUCAUGCAUCUGCUCUCUGUUGGAUUAAAAAAAAUGUCGUUGCUAAAAAAUAUUUCUGUUCCAAUCUUUUGGCACGUUAGACACUAAGAUUCAAUAUUUCGCCGAAUACGGGAAUUUAAUUUUACUUAAUGCGAUUCGUUAUGUACUUAUAAUGACUUAAAUCUAGUCAUGGGAUUAAGAGCUGGCCUUUAUAAAGUUCUGUAUUUAUUAUUUUUGUAUAUUUUAUUAAGGCUCUUACACACCUAAUUUUGAAAUAUGUAAAAGAAUAAGACUGAUGUAUAGAUGAUAACAUCAUCGAUAUAAUUAGUCUACAAAAUUAAAAUUGAUCUUAGUGUCGAUCGGAAAACCGCGAUACCGAGCAUUUCCUUGCCAGCAUACUGUAAUAUGGCUCAGAAUUCUUUUCAGUGACUUGUGUUAGCAAUAAGUAGUUAGUGAUAUAGUUAUGUAUAUUAUAUCGGAGAGAUAGCUCUUAUAUUGUUAAGUAGGUAUGUAAUUUUAUAUACUAAUAGCAACUGUUAAUAAAAUUAGAAUGAUGAUAUUAAAAAUUACUUAAAAACUGAACACUAAUUACGAAGUACUUCUUUAGAUGCAUUGUUUAUUCAUAUAUAGACAUGUUUUAUACAUCGACGAUGUCGACUGAUGUAUUUUCUAUACAUUUAUCCGUAAUUUUGUUAUAAUUCAAGUGCUGAGUACUUAAAUGACACCAUUAUAUAAGAUUCUAUUGAAGUUCUGGCUAGACUAACAAGGACCAUUCACUAUAUUUGUAAUGAACUACCUUUUGCCAUUUAAUGGGAUUAUCCUGAUAUUGAUCAUAAAAUAGACAAUUUACUUUUGAUGUGAAUCUCAAAAUCUUCUUGGUAAAUGGCAGUUAAAGGUCUAAUUAAUGCGCAUUACUAAUAUGUACUAUGGACGUACAUAGUUACAGCACAUUUUUAAUAGCAUCAUUCCAGCGAGAUGUUGUAUAAUAGCUAUGAGAACUUUAAAAGAUUGCCUAGCCAGUUUAUGCAAUGAAAAUUAAUUUUAAUAGAGCUAUAUUAGAUAAUAAAAUUAGAUCAAUGAAAUUAAAGAAGUUGCUUAAGUGUU